GCUCUUUGUUUUAUUUUUAUCUUUUUUUAAUCUACCGGCAGCGAACAGCUCGGCCGCUCUCGUUUUGGUCCCUGCUGCUUGGAUCCUUUGUUUGGACGCAUUUCAUCUUGCGAGCGACAUUGAAUGCCGGUCUACUCGGGCUCUUGUUCUUGCUGCGAUCAAAUACAGCGCUUCCCCAUGCAUAGCGUUGACGAUUCUUGCUCUUCCGCGGCGAUGCGACAGAGGAGUAGCUGAACGAGACGAUCCGAUUCGAUACGACGCUUCUAAACACGCAUUCAAGUCGAGACACUCUGCAUUCUAAUUUAUGAUACGGCUGGAGGAGGCGGCUUCUGCGUUUGUUGCUCGUUUGGACUGAAGAGCAGAGCAGCGGCUUAUCAUGGCCACUCUGCCAACUGGCUGGGAGUGGGACUAUGACGGCAGUCGAUGGCUCUACCGAUACAAGCCUACCGGUCAUGUCCAAUACCAUUUCCCCAAUGCGGGCGACGAGUUCCCCGACUAUAUCGACGCCAGGUCUCCGGCCCCAGACCUCGCACCCGAGGAGCGGCUCGAGUCGCAGCAACAAGUCAAACGACAUGCGAGUGUCAGCGGGACCGGCCGCGCUGGAGAAGACAGAGAUGGAUGGAGAUCGCGCAUGUCCGCAACGGCGCAGCCCGUCAGUGCAGUCUGGGAGGACGAUUUUGGGAGGGAGGACAGUCAUGUGGAGGAGGCCGAGGAAGAGGAGGGAGUGUUCCAGCCCGAGAACUUCAUGUUUCUAGGCCCAGGCGCAUAUACGGAUGUAAGCCCGCUGAAUGAAGAGGAGGAAGAGGCAGCGAGGAGGACAGUGGUGGGAGAGCUAAAGGCUGGACAAUCGACGGAUACUAGAGGUGUCAGCCCCAUGGUGAGCCAGAAUACGACGCCAAUGACACGGACGACCGAGACUGUGGCCAGUGGAUCUACGACUGUCGUGAACCAACGAGCUGUUGAGCCACCACCACCUGUAAUGCAUCAUGAGGAGCAAACAACAUUAGUAUCCCCGCAGGAGUAUAUCAUGGGAAGUGAUAUCGUGGGAGAAGCGAGUGCACCAGUUGAUGAUGGAGGCUACCACUAUGAGAUGUAUGAGCUUCCGGUUGAAACCGCCAUCCCGAUGCAUCUCCAGUUUGAUCCCGUGGGUUUCGUGGCCGAGAUGCCGACGGAACACACAGCAUCUGCCCGUGUCGAGACACACCCUGACCCCAUUGAACUGGCGGACAACUACGUUAUGGCGCCGAUUGAGACGGAACCACGGCCUGGCUAUGUGGAGCUGCCGGUUGAGUUUACUCCUUUGGAGGAGGGGGCUGUGAGGCAAGAAAAAUUGACAGAGGAACAACAGUUGGAGCUGCGGCGACAGGAGGUGAGACGACAGCAAGAGGAGAGGCAGCGUGGGGUGCAACAGAGACAAGAGGAGCGGAAGAGACGGGAAGAAGAAGAGUUGCAAAGGGAGCUACAGCAGCAACAGCAACAGCAACAGCAGAGCGAGGUCCAGAGCCCAUCUCAAGAACAAGGCAACGACGUCCCAAACCAAUUCAAGAUUGCCAGGAAGCCGACACUUCGAGAAUCUAGCGCCGCUUACAAUGCCUUUUCAGCAAACCGUACAGCUCGCGAACGCGCUUCCGGCACGGAUAAUGAGCCCGGCUUUGCAACGAGAGGCAUCGCUGAACUUGAGCAUGAGGCCGAGUGCCGAGUCCACGCCGCCGGUGGACCGAUUCCCCUCUGUUCUGAAGCCAGCUAG